AUGGAUCAAGAACCGGCUGGCCUUGCUUCUGAUUCGGAUUUCGAAUCCGACAGUGAGCUGUCUGCGGGACAGAAAUCAUCCACAUGGCCACCGGCCCCGGACAACAGCAGAAAAUGCAGGUUCUGCGUCGGUCUCACCAUCAGUGGCCUUUUCCAGCUAGCACAAGAAUAUUCUAAGACGAGCGUAUUUUCACCUUGGGGAAACAAGCCCUAUGAGCAUCACGCUUCGUUGGAAGACCUUGAAAAAUCUGCCGAAUUUGGUUGUGACUUCUGUCACUUCAUGAUUGAAUGUACAAAGAGGGGUCGGUUUUAUGAGACUGAGUUUCGAGAAGGAGGAGUUUCCAUCGAUGAUUAUCAGGUGGCCGAAGAUUGGGAACUUAUGGGCAAAUCGCUCUAUGCAACGGCGAAGGAAAUGAACAAGCCCUCGCCUAUAACGCUGGCCAUAUUUAACGGAAUGAGCCCUAGUUCGCGCACCGGCAUGAACAAACGUAGGAUCUAUGAGACCCUUUGGGUCAACGUUGGUCAGCUACCUUCGAUAAAUCUGAACCUUACAAUUUCUCGAGAUAAAAGAAUGUAUUGUGAGGGAGUUCAGGUUGGUCGGCAACUCUUGAUCCGCGAGAUGGGGUCUCCAGUCAACCUCGGCAUUGCUAAAGGUUGGCUGGAUGAUUGCAGAGACAACCACACGCUAUGUCGCCCGGUCGGGAGCUCGCCGCUUCCGACCGAAAUACCAGAACGGCUCACCAAAGAAACUCGACCCACCCUUCUUUCCUCGAUCCAAAUCGCCAACUUACCUGCCAACUUCCGAGAUGCUACUCACGUCACUCGGCAGCUUAAUAUGCAAUAUCUCUGGAUCGAUGCCUUAUUUAUAGUACAAGACAGCAGAGAAGAUUGGGCAGCCGAGUCUGCAAAGAUGGACUCGAUUUAUCAAGACGCGACAUUGACUAUAUUUGCUGCAGAAUCUAAAGGAAGUAGGGAAGGUUUUCUCAAAACGGCGAUCCAGCCGCAACCAACUCCUACGACGCUCAGGGUAUUCACGAACCCCGACAUUCAGACUUCGGUAUUAGUGACAGGGAGGGCGGUUGAAGAAGAGAGUUUCUAUGACAUGGAAUCCCGUUCGGCGUUAGCCCGUCGUGGCUGGGCCUACCAGGAAUCCUAUUUAUCUCGCCGAUCUCUCUACUUCGGGGCUCGCCAGCUCUAUUGGGAGUGUUUUGAGGCAGUCGAUAACCUCGAGGAACUUUUGCCCGCCUUGACAAUUUACAAAAGCAAGAUGAUCCUGCCCGAUGCCUCCGGAAAACUUGAGAAGGGUGAUUCAACGACCGCGCGAAGGCAGUUUUACGAGGUGGUCUCCGGCUAUACCAAUGAUAAAGCCCUAAGCCGCAGUGAAGACAAGUUGCCCGCGUUUUCCGGCCUGGCGAAGAGAUUCCAUCCUUUUUUUGGUGGCGAAUAUCUUGCCGGCCUUUGGAGCGAAGACUUUUCCAGCGGGCUCCUUUGGUCUCAUGCUUUCAGCGCCCUUUCGUCGUCCUAUACGGCCGUGGAGCCUUAUUGUGCGCCAUCAUGGUCAUGGGCAUCGGAUGACGGAUGGAUCAUGGAUUUUGUCCAACCAUCUCAGACCUUCCUUGAACUUCACGGCUGGGAUAUCCAGCCCCGAAGCCGCCACAAUCCCUAUGGAGAAAUAGACCCAGGGGGCGAGUCAGCCAGGCCUUCCGUUAUCGUCAGCGGCCAAACAAUGCUUUUCGUCAGAACGAAAGAUAUAGAUGAUAACGGUGACAGGCCAAGUUGCGGGGAUGUCUACUUUGACGUGCUUGAGGGACCAGAAGAGAUGGUGGCCCGCAGUACCGACUCUAAUCAACGACACAUCUGUCUCUCUAUUGUUGAUGACGUCAAGAUUGAAUCCUAUAUUUACCGUCAAGAUUGGCUAGAGGAGGACGAGGAUGUACCAGAUCCACCCUCGGAACUCUCAGACGAAUAUUUGGUUCUUGCCGUGGGCUCAACCGAUCAGAAUCCUACUGUUUGGGGAUUGGUUUUGCGGAAGUCCGGGGACGCAUUUUAG